AUGCACAGCCUGUACACCAACGCUGGGAGCAUGUACCACACAGGGACCAGGCAGGAGGAAGAGGAGGAGGAGGAAGAUGACUACGAGAAUGAAGCGCCACCCUACAAGGACCUGCCCCCCAAGCCAAGUUCAUUUGCUCCGCCGAGGCCUCCCAGAGCAGGAAACAACACAGAGAUCCUGUUCCUCCCCGGCAAGUCCUCUCAGAUGACAGGCCUCGACUUCAGCCCUGCCACCUGCUCAUCUCUCCAGCUGGACAUGCAUCGGGAGCCAUCUCCAUGCCAACCAUCUGUCACCACAACACCAGUGCCCUGGCUGAAUCUGCGGUCUGGGAGCCCUGGGAGCUGCCAGGAGAAGAGACUGUUGGUGCACGUGUGUGUGCUGGUGGCCACGUCUUUGCUGCUAAGCUGUGUUGGCCUGGCUGUGACUCUGAUUAAGUACCAGGAGAUGGCGGACAAAUUGAGAAAGCUGACCCUGCAGCAGGUGGCAUGGCAAGCGAAUGUGACUGGCAUGGCAGGGCUGGCAGGCCUGAAGAAGGACCUGGACAGAAUAAGAUCAGACACCAACCAGUCCUUGGUGGAACUUCGGGGUUUAUUAGACUGUACCAGAGUCAUCUGCCCGGAAGGCUGGGUCCCCUUUGAGGGCAAAUGUUACUACUUCUCCCAGAGCACCAAGUCGUGGGAUGGAGCCCUGGUUUUCUGCCAGGAGAAUUUCUCCCACUUGGUCAUCAUCAAUAGCUUUGCUGAGCAGGAUUUUGUGUCCAAGGCUCACGGCUCUCCGCGGGUGUACUGGCUGGGGCUGAGUGACAGGAAGCAGGAAGGGGAUUGGAGGUGGCUGGAUGGAUCUGCUGUCUCGUUAAGCUUCUGGGACGUGGAUGAGCCCAACAAUAGCUUUGAGGAGGACUGUGCCAGCAUGAACAAGGAUGGUACCUGGAACGACCUCCCUUGCUAUAGAACCUCCUACUGGAUUUGUGAGCGGAAACGUUGUUGAACCCGACGGCAGGUGGCCUGCACCCGGGUGUCCACUCCUGGAGCCCUGGAACCUCCUGCUGCCU